GUGGGGACUCGAGAGUGACUUGGACUCGAAGAGUGGGGACUCGAGAGUGACUUGGACUCGUGAAUUGGUGACUUGACUACAACACUGACCCGUAGUUCCAUGAGUGAAUUAUGUAACAUGAGUAAAUUAGUGAUCACUACAAUAUACUGUAUUACAUUUAACAGGACACAUGUUUCUUGAUGCUGACUCUAAACAUCAGUCUAAUAUUGUGUAGGGUUUCUCUCUGAGUGAAAGCAGAAUGAGUUUAGAAAGAUCUCCAUGUACUGUUGUCAGGGUUUCAGGUAGAAUUAAUUGCAGUCUGAUUGUUAUCUGAGUUCUCGUCAUCAGAGAAAAAUGCAGGUCAUGUCAGAACCUGCUCUAACAAGUUGUGACUGUUUUUCUGUCUAACUCUUAAUACUCUGAAUCAGGCAGGUGAGGGAGAGUCUGGCAGGCGGACAGCUAGAUCCUGUAAGGCCGGUUUCCACGUGACCCUGACGUGUUUUCACUCUCUGGAUUUCUGAGGGUGUGAAGGCGUCCUCAGAUCAGAUGCAGGCGGACUCAGGACUGAAGAGGAAGAGAUGAGCAGAGUUUCCUCCUCACCUGAAGAGAGUCUGUGAGUAGACCUGAAGAGAGUCUGUGAGUAGACCUGAAGAGAGUCUGUGAGUAGACCUGAAGAGAGUCUGUGAGUAGACCUGAAGAGAGUCUGUGAGUGGACCUGAAGAGAGUCUGGGUCAACACCCUGAGUUUCUGUGUGGUUCUGGGGCUGUGGGGAACAUCCUGGGCUGAUCCGGUCCUGUUGAGGCUCCCACAAGGUUCCUGAAUCUCUGAGAGGAGGAGCACUACCUGUGAUGUGAAGCUUGUGGUGGGGGCUCUGCUAUGGAUCAGUGUGAGGACGCAGAGGAGGAAGCCCCCCCCUCUAAAAGCUCUGGGGAACAUGACAGCCAGACCAAAGCUCAGAGCCAAGAGCAAACAACACAUUCUGCUGGACCUGGACAGGGAUCUGAAGAAGGACUUGGACCUGGAUCUGAACCGGAACCUGCUCCUGAACCUGCUCCUGAACCUGGUCCUGAACCGGAACCUGGUCCUGAACCUGCUCCUGAACCUGCUCCUGAACCUGCUCCUGAACCUGUGUCCAGUAACCAGCUUACUGCCGGAGACCAGAACCAGGGAGAAAAGAUGGAGACACCUAGAGAAGUCCUAUUAACAACUUUAGAACAUUUGGAGGAAAAGGACUUAAAAAAAUUCAAGUGGUUCCUGGAGAAGAAGGUCCUAACAUUCCCAGGAAUCCCAAAGAGUCGACUCGAGAAAGCAGCAGACCGGAUGGACACAGUGGAUCUGAUGCUUCCCUACUACGGCAUACACACCAUUAAAGUGACCAUAGACGUUUUGAAAGAGAUCCCGAGGAAUGAUCUUGUCGAGGAAUUAUCAAAAUUCCCAUCAGACCCUGAAGAUAUUCUCACGAAGUGCCAAGGUGAACUCAAAUCAAACCUGAAGGAAACAUUUGAAAAUAUCAUAUUUAUGGACAAAUCUGAAUCCCUACAUAAAAUCUACACGGAGAUCUACAUCACCAGGGGAGACACCACAGAGGUCAACAAGGAACAUGAGAUCAGACAGAUCGAACAAGCAUCCAGUAAACCAGACAGAUCAGAAACACCCAUCAGCCAAGAAGACCUCUUUAAAGGCUCAACUGAAAGAGGUAAACCAAUCAGAGCAGUGAUGACAAAGGGAGUGGCUGGCAUUGGGAAAACAGUCUUAACACAGAAGUUCACUCUGGACUGGGCUGAAGGCAAAGCCCACCAGGACAUCCAGUUCAUAUUUCCAUUCACCUUCAGAGAGCUGAAUGUGGAGAGUGAUGAAAAGUACAGCUUGGUGGAACUCGUUCAUCACUUCUCUGAAACCAGAGACGCAGGAAUCUGCAGGUUUGAUCAGUUCCCGGUCGUGUUCAUCUUUGACGGUCUGGAUGAGUGUCGACUUCCUCUGGACUUCCUCAACACUAAGAUCCUGACUGAUAUCACAAAGUCCACCUCAGUGGAUCGGUUGCUGACAAACCUCAUCAGGGGGAAGCUGCUUCCCUCUGCUCGCCUCUGGAUAACCACACGACCUGCAGCAGCCAAUCAGAUCCCUCAUGAGUGUGUGGACAUGAUGACAGAGGUCCGAGGGUUCACUGACCCACAGAAGGAGGAGUACUUCAGGAAGAGAUUCACAGAUCAGGAGAAGGCCGGCACCAUCAUCUCCCACAUCAAGACCUCACGAAGCCUCCACAUCAUGUGCCACAUCCCAGUCUUCUGCUGGAUCUCUGCUUCAGUUCUGGAGGACAUGUUGAAAACUGAGGGAGGAGAGCUGCCCAAGACCCUGACUGAGAUGUACAUCCACUUCCUGGUGGUUCAGUCCAAAGUGAACGUCAAGUAUGAUGGAAGAGCUGAGACAGAUCCAGAGAGCAGGAAGAUGAUGGAGUCUCUGGGGAAACUGGCUUUUGAGCAGCUGCAGAAAGGCAACCUGAUCUUCUAUAAGUCCAACCUGAGAGACUGUGGCAUCAAUAUCAAAGCAGCCUCAGUGUACUCAGGAGUGUUCACACAGGUCUUUAAAGAGGUGAGAGGAACGUACAAGGACAAGGUGUUCUGCUUCGUCCAUCUGAGCGUUCAGGAGUUUCUGGCUGCUCUCCAUGUCCAUCUGACCUUCAUCACCUCUGGAGUCAACCUCAUGGCCCCCUGGUGGUCUAAAGUCUUCAGACAAAAACCUAAACGUCUCUACCAGAAUGCUGUGGACCAGGCCUUACAGAGUCCAAACGGACACCUGGACUUGUUCCUCCGCUUCCUCCUGGGUCUUUCAAUGGAGACCAAUCAGACCUUAUUACACAACCUGCUGACACAGACAGGAAGUAGCUCACAGACCAACCAGAAAACAGUGAAAUACAUCAAGAGAAAGAUAGGAAAGAACCCGUCUCCGGAGAAAAGCAUCAACCUGUUCCACUGUCUGAAUGAACUGAAUGAUCGUUCUCUAGUGGAGGAGAUCCAACAGUCCCUGAGUUCAGGAAGUCUCUCCACAGCGGAUCUGUCUCCUGGUCAGUGGUCAGCUCUGGUCUUCAUCUUACUGUCAUCAGAAGAAGAUCUGGACGUGUUUGACCUGAAGAAAUACUCUGCUUCAGAGGAGGCUCUUCUGAGGCUGCUGCCAGUGGUCAAAGCCUUCAGGAAGGCUCUGCUGAGUGGCUGUAAACUGUCAGAGAAAAGCUAUGAAGCUCUGUCCUCAGUCCUCAGCUCCCAGUCCUCCAGUCUGAGAGAGCUGGACCUGAGUAACAACGACCUGAAGGAUUCAGGAGUGAAGCUGCUGUCUGCUGGACUGGAGAGUCCACACGGUGUACUGAAGACUCUCAGGUUAACUGGCUGCGACCUGUCAGAGAUAAGCUGUGUAGCUCUGUCCUCAGUCCUCAGCUCCCAGUCCUCCAGUCUGAGAGAGCUGGACCUGAGUAAUAACGACCUGCCGGAUUCAGGAGUGAAGCUGCUGUCUGCUGGACUGGAGAGUCCACACUGUGAACUGGAGACUCUCAGGUUAACUGGCUGUAACCUGUCAGAGAGAAACUGUGCAGCUCUGUCCUCAGUCCUCAGCUCCCAGUCCUCCAGUCUGAGAGAGCUGGACCUGAGUAACAAUGACCUGCAGGAUUCAGGAGUGAAGCUACUGUCUGCUGGACUGGAGAGUCCACACUGUGAACUGGAGACUCUCAGUCUGUCAGGCUGUCUGGUCUCAGAGGAAGGCUGUGUUUCUCUGGAUUCAGUUCUGAGAUCCAACCCCUCCCAUCUGAGAGAGCUGGACCUGAGCUACAAUCAUCCAGGAGACUCAGGAGUGAAGCUGCUGUCUGCUGGACUGGAGAGUCCACACUGUGAACUGGAGACUCUCAGUCUGUCAGGCUGUCUGGUCUCAGAGGAAGGCUGUGUUUCUCUGGCUUCAGCUCUGAGAUCCAACCCCUCCCAUCUGAGAGAGCUGGACCUGAGCUACAAUCAUCCAGGAGACUCAGGAGAGAAGCUGCUGUCUGCUGGACUGGAGGAUCCUCUCUGGAAACUGGAGACACUCAGGCUGGAGCAUGGUGGAGAGCAGAGGAUCAGAGCAGGUCUGAGGAAGUAUUCCUGUGGACUCACCCAUGACUCAAACACAGCAGAGAGACACCUCAGACUGUCUGAGGACAACAGGACGGUGACAUGUGUGGAGGAGGAGGAGCCAUAUCCUGAUCAUCCAGAGAGGUUUGAUGUCUGGCCUCAGCUGAUGUGCAGAGAAGCUCUGACUGGUCGCUGCUACUGGGAGGUCGAGUGGAGAAGAGGGGUUCAUAUAGCAGUGACUUACAGAGGAAUCAGCAGGAGAGACAGAGAAGACUGUUUAUUUGGAAAGAAUGAUCAGUCCUGGAGUCUGGACUGCUCUCGUGAUGGAGGUUACUCUGUAUGUCACAAUCAGAGAGAAACAAACAUCUCCUCCUCCUCCCCCUCCUCCCCCCUCCUCCUCCUCCUCCUCCCCCUCCUCCUCCUCCCCCUCCUCCUCCUCCUCCUCCUCCUCCUCUGGUAGAGUAGCAGUGUAUCUGGAUCAUCCUGCUGGCUCUCUCUCCUUCUACGAAGUCUCCUCUGACUCACUGACCCACCUCCACACCUUCAGAGCCACAUUCACUGAACCUCUCUA